GACGGUGCCUGUGCCGAGCCCGGGGACACCCGAGGGGCGAAGUGCGAGGCCCCGAGCUCCCCCGUUCCCUCGGACGUUACCGGCUGAGCCGCCGUGACGACCCCCCUAUGGAGGGAAGGAAGCACCUACACCCCCUCUUUUCCGAAGGCUUUUAACGCCGCCACAGCGCAGUGAAUAGUUGGGUGCUCCAGAAAAAUGGUUGUCAGAAUGACGUUUUUCUUCUAACGUUCUCUAGAAUGUUUUUUCUUAUUAAGAAAAAAAAAGUAUUUUGUGUUAAAGCAUUCUUCUGUUUGGAGUAAAACAAACUUGAAAGAAUGCAGCCUUUAGUGCUUCGUGAUCAUCUAGCCUUGCUCGUGUGUGAUAGGAGCAUUUUGUUGAUGUCAUCCCAGUGCUAAGGAGAGGGACCAGCGUGUAAGUUCAGCACCUGGCCCCAGGAUAAGGUCUUCUGGGUCCUUAAUUCGUAUCCUCAACUUUGCUCUGAGUCUUCUUCGUCCCGUUUUUACUUGUCCAAGGAUAACUGGAUGCUUGCCAAGGGAACACUUUGUAGCUUGUGAGCACAUGAGCAGAGGAUCUGUGAAGUAGCCACAUCAGGAACAAACGGAUGAGCGGGGCGGCGUUCCCGUCCCCGGCUGCCGAGAUGGCCGAGAUGAACCGGCUGCAGUACGAGAUGGAAUACACCGAGGGCAUCAGCCAGCGCAUGAGGGUCCCCGAGAAGCUCAAAGUGGCUCCUCAAAACGCUGACCUGGACAAGGGCAGCCAGGAAGGAUUUCCAAAUGCCAGUGUAACUAUGCAGGUUCCAGAGCGGAUUGUAGUGGCAGGUAAUAGUGAAGACAUUCCAUUUUCCAGACCAGCAGACCUUGACAUUCUUCAGUCUACUCCGUUCAAACCACUGGCAUUGAAAACUCCUCCCCGUGUUAUUUCUCUUAGUGAUCGACCACUAGAUUUUUUGGACCUAGAAAAACCUCCACAGCAGACACCUCAAAGUGAAGAGGUGCGCUCGGUGGGAAGGCUGAAGAGAGAGCGUUCCAUGAGCGAGAACGCCACGCGGCAGAACGGGCAGCUGGCCCGCAACGACUCCAUGUGGCACAGAUCAGAUACUGUCCCAAGAAAUAAAAUACCACGGUUCCAGUCACCUCUUUCGACUAAGGACUGCACUGUGACCCCAUCACUGCAACAGGCUCGUGUCUGUCCUCCCAAUAUGUUACCUGAAGAUGGAAUUAAUCUUUACUCUGCUCGUGGCAUUUUGUCGUUUAUCCAGUCUUCCACUCGUAGGGCUUACCAGCAGGUCUUGGAUGUGCUGGAUGAAAACUGCAGCUUGGACAAGGACAAUAGGCCAAUGUUACGUGGUGGGUCAGCUGCUACCACUUCCUCUAACCCUCAUCAUGACAACACCAGAUACGGUCUCUCCAGCUUCGAUGCGACGCUCGAGGGAACACCAGAUGACAUGACAGUCGUAGAUGCUGCCUCCUUAAGAAGACAGAUAAUCAAACUUAAUCGCCGUCUCCAGCUCCUGGAAGAAGAGAACAAAGAGCGUGCUAAGAGGGAAAUGAUCAUGUAUUCCAUUACUGUAGCUUUCUGGCUACUCAACAGCUGGCUUUGGUUUCGGCGCUAGACACAGCUCUCAGAAAGAUUUACUAGUUGAAAACACAAACAAUUUGCAAAAUUCCUUGUUUGUUUCUGAUUGUAUGCUGUUUUAUAAUGAAUACACUGGAAACUUCCACCAGAGAUAAAUGCUCUAGAAUUGCAGUGUUAAAGGGACACCUUGUUCAUUUAUAACGUAUUUAAUAGAUUUGCAUUGCAAAUGCUGCAGUAUCCUCCUUUGCAUGCUUCUGUGUAACAUGGACCAGCCCAUGGGGACUCUGCUUCAUGCAGUGUGAGUGGUCUCCAGGACUAACCACUGGAGGUUUUGUUGUGGAGAGAAGAGAACAAAUGGAAUGGGUUUGGAAAAAAAAAGAACAAAAAACAAAGGAAUACAAAGUAAUUUUUAUUCUGUUGUUAGAUGCAAUUAAACAAUUGCACUAGUUUUUCUUUAGUCCAAGUAGUUUGAGGUGUGCCAUAAUCAAGGAGUGUGUCCUGUUUCAUGAGUAUGUUCCUUGUUUAUGUUCAGGUUGAAUAAUAAAACAAAUUCUUUGCUAACA